GAAUGUAUUUUCAUUUAACGCCACUCAAUGCGUCUCCUGGUUACCAAACUGCUUACUGGGAUGAAAAGCUUUUUCCGCUAAAUUAUUUUUCAGGGAUUUUUGCUCAUACGGGAGACAAAAAGACUACGAAAUUCUACAAACAACAUAAUGAAAUAAAAGGACACACGUCAAAGCUGUAAAAGACAAAGACCAGGCGGAAGAACUGUCUCAGCUUGGAGGAGGUGUGACAACUACAUGCCAGGCAUCCGUCUUCUUCCUGUAGCUGGAGCCGCUCGGGAAGAAAGUCCAGCCGGAGCCCGGCCUACUUCAGACUCAGCCCUGACCGGUGCCCCAGGGUUGUUGGAAGAAAAAGAUAGUAUAGCAGCUAUAAGCAUUUAGCACAGAGCCCAGCAUGCAAUAGUCCUUCUGUGACAUUCGCUCCUCUCUCUCUUUGGAAGUAGAUAAAUGGCAACCAAAAAGAAAGAAGCCCAGUUACAGAUACUUGUCAAUAAUCAAGCCCUGUGGGAUGAGAUGCUGCAGAGCAAAGGCUUAACAGUGAUUGAUGUUUACCAAGCUUGGUGUGGACCUUGCAAGGCAAUGCAGCCUUUAUUCAGAAAAUUGAAAAAUGAACUGAACGAAGAAGAAAUGCUGCAUUUUGCUGUUGCAGAAGCUGACAACAUUGUGACUUUGCAGUCAUUUAAAGAUAAAUGUGAACCCAUUUUUCUCUUUUGUCUUAAUGGCAGAAUUAUUGCAAAGGUUGAGGGUGCAAAUGCACCACUUGUUAAUAGAAUAGUUACUGCCUUGAUAGAUGAGGAGAAGAAAAUUGCAGCAGGUGAAAUGGUUCGCCCUCAGUAUAAUGAAAUUGCAUUAGUAGACCCAGAGGCAGAAGAUACUGGAGAUGCACAGUAUGAAGCUCUUCACAAACCAUGCUGUAUUGCUAUUAUCAAACCUGAUGCUGUGCUUAGUAGAAAAGCUCUAGACAUUAAAGAAAAAAUUACCAGUGCAGGAUUUGUCAUAGAAGCAGAGGCUAAGCUGAUUCUCACUGAAGAUCAAGUUCUUGAAUUCUACAGUAGCAUAGCAGACGAGCCUGACUUUGAAGAGUUCAUGUAUUUUAUGACGACCGCCCUGAGCUAUGUUCUAGUUCUAUCUAAAGGCAGUGAACAAGUGCCUAUCUUGGAUGAAACUGAAACCGAGCCUGAAACGGAACCUGAAGAGCUGUCUGAGGAUCAACCUGAUGGCCAAGUUGAAGUCACACCUGAAGUGACGGGGAAGCGAGACAGCACUUUACAAGAAUAUCUGGAAAGACAACAUAUAUCUCAGUUUUGUGAUCUUGAGGAAGAUAUAACUAAUGUGACUAAGUUCGUUGAUAUCUUCUUCCCUGAUUUUAAAACUGUGAAAUUACAAAAAACGCUGGCAUUACUUCGGCCAGAUCUCCUUCAUGAUAGGAAAGAGGAAGUUUUGCAUGUUAUUGAAGAAGAAGGCUUCAAAAUACUGGAUCAAAGACAAAUAAUAUUAUCAGAACAGGAAGCACACAUACUGUGCAAGGAAUAUGAAAAUGAAAACUAUUUUGAGAGACUUAUAGAAUACAUGACCAGUGGUCCAUCUCUAGCCAUUGUUUUAUUGGGAGACAAUGGUGUGGAACACUGGAAAGAGUUAUUGGGACCAAUAACUGUCGAAAAAGCCAUUGAAAAUCAUCCAGAGAGUUUAUGUCUACAAUUUGCAAGAGGAAGUUUGCCUAUUAACCAGUUGUAUGGAAGUGAUUCAGUAGAAGCUGCUGAGUGGGAAAUAAAGCAUUUCUUUCCUCCUCAAAGCACUUUAGCAUUGAUUAAGCCUCAUGUAACACGUGAACAAAGAGAGGAGAUUCUGAAGAUUAUCAAGGAGGCUGGAUUCGAGCUGACACAGGCGAAGGAAAUGCUCCUAACUGAAGAGCGAGCAAAUAAGAUUUAUGCAAAAAUAACAGGAAAACCCUUUUAUAAAGAUGUAUUGGAAAUGUUAGCCGAGGGUCCCUCUCUGGUCAUGGUUCUGACCAAGUGGAAUGCUACUGCAGAGUGGAGACAUUUGAUGGGCCCAGUAGACCCAGAAGAAGCAAAACUGCUGUCUCCAGAUUCUAUCCGAGCCCGAUUUGGAAUAAAUAUUUUGAAAAAUAUAGUCCACGGAUCAUCUAAUGUUUAUGAUGCAACAGAGAUCAUUGGUAAAAUCUUUGACGAGUUUGUUUCUGAGAAUCCUGAGGAAAACUAAAGUACGUACUAUGAGAACUUUGAGAAAUAAUGCAUGAGUUCAACUCAACAUAUAAUCAUGUGGCACAGCUUCCUGGGAGGAAUAAUAAGAAAGACAUUAUUUGGAAGAAAACUCACCAGAAUAUUUUUUAAAAAUGCAUGACUAUGCAUAAUAAUAAUAAUAAAAUAAUCUCCAAACAAA